AUGGAGGCUUCAGAGUCGGAGGUCCUUCACCAGCUUUCCACUUCAGUACCGGCAGCCGGGGCGGUAGACUGCUGCGAAGCAUUAAACAUAGCAGCCUUCGAGUUCAUUCAAAAGCCCCAGAAAAGCCUUAGCCGGGUGAGUGUGAUGAAUAAACGGCCUAGCAGCUGCCCUGACAAUGCAGAAGUCCAUGAGAAUGCCGGAGAUUCCAUGCCAGAGGAGGUAGAGCAAGUGCCGCCGUACACGGGACUCAAGAAUCUCAAGCCCUGUCAUCCAGUUAACGUUGCCUUUGAAAAUAUAUCUUUACAAGUCAAAGUACCGAGAAGGCUCACUGGUGCCUUGGCGUUGCCAGUCGUUCAGCAGGUGGCCUCCACUUUCGCAGCCAGCCAAGCAAAGACGCUUCUUCAUGGCAUAAGCGGUGUCAUUGAGCCCGGAGAUAUGGUGGCCCUCAUGGGUGCGAGUGGUGCAGGCAAAUCGACGCUCCUCAACGUUCUGAGCCGCCGCAUCGUGACGAACACAGGGUCCGUGCUGUUCAACGGAAAAGCUCUUGGCGCGAAUGCGGUGAAGCGACUUUGCUGCUACAUUCAGCAGACAGCCAUCUUUUACGGAUUUAUCACUGUGCAGGAGCACCUGGACUGCGUUGCGCGUCUGCGAACCGGAUUGAGGAAAGAGGCGAGGACGAGGCUCGUGGAUUCUUUGAUUGAAUUGUACGGCCUCUCAAAUGUGAAGAACUCUCGGAUUGGCAACCUGCAGAUGGCAGCCAAACGAGGCAUCAGUGGAGGAGAGAAGAAGCGGCUGAACAUUGCAACGGAGAUGAUGACAAAUCCGUCAGUCAUCUUUGCCGACGAACCCACUACGGGACUUGACGCCUCCAUAGCGGAAAAUGUAAUGCGCAUCUUCCAGGUUCUUGCAAAUCGAGGACGGACCAUCAUUUGCACAAUCCACCAGCCCAGCUCAACAAUUUUUGAUAUGUUCUCCAAGGUGCUCCUCCUGAGCCAAGGGCGAAUCGCCUUCUUUGGCGAAAGAGAAGCGACGUUGCUGUACUUUUCUCGACUGGGCCACUUCUGUCCCGCCUUUACAAGCGUUCCUGAAUACCUGAUAGAGCUACUCAUGAAGCACCAGCUCAUCGGAAAUGCCCAUAAUCGUGAUGACAUGGGCACAUGCUCACCUGAAAUUGGCGCAUUCUUGAUGGAAGCAGCGUCAUUAGGUGUUUUCCGAUGCAAACAGACAGGUGAUCAUUCAACGCCGGAGCUAGAUGUGGAUGCUGCAAAAGACGCAAUUGGAAGAUACCAGCCCAGCUGGAUCGAGGAAUUGCUCACUUUGACUAGCCGCGCCUUCAUCAGCAACAGACGGAAUCCUCGCCUUUUUCAGGCACGCGUUGCGCAGACGUUCAUUCUUGCGCUGCUUGUGGGGUUUAUAUUCCUUCGUCUUUCGAAACAAAAUUACCUUUCCCGAAACGGAGCCACUAUUUUUAUUGUUCUUAAUCAGAGCACCUUGGGGAUGGUCUCCGUGCUGCAAACUUUCACUGUAGAUAAAGUCCUGGCACUUCGGGAGUACCAGUCAGGACUCUAUCGCCUAUCUUCAUACUAUUGCGCCAAGAUGAUCGCAGACUUCUCUCUUCAGCUCUCUUUCCCCAUAUUGUUCACCACGAUAGCGUGGUUCAUGAUCGGCUUGAACGAUGCGCUAGUUCGAUGGCUGCUGGGGAUGGCCUUCAUCCUACUGACGACCAACAGCGCCAUUUCCAUUGGAUAUGUGAUUUCGAGUGUUGCACCUACUCUGCAGUUUGCAUCCGCGGUAGUUCCAAUCGUGUAUAUGCCAUUGGUUCUCGCGUCGGGCUUCUUGGUGAUACUGUCGAGCAUGCCGGACUUUUGGAUUUGGCUACAAUACCUUUCGCCUGCUCGUUGGGGAUGGUCUGGCGUUAUGCAUGCCGUCUGGGAAGGCGCCGUGCUAGAUCCGUGUCCUGCGGACUCUUUUCCUCCUCAGUGCUACUCUGAUGGAGACGAGGUGUUGCAGUACUAUGCAUUGGACAGAGACUCAUUAUGGUUCUCAGCCUUGAUGAUCCUCAUACAAAUCGUAGUGUAUCGAUUGUUGGGCCUCUGCUUCCUGUUGCUAAUAAAUCGUCGCAAGUAA